AUGCCGCUUGAAUCAUGUAUGUUAGUACUCGAUAAUUCCGAGUAUAUGCGGAAUGGAGAUUACCCUCCGACGAGAUUUCAAGCUCAAGCUCAAGCAGUAUCGACCGUAUUCACAGCGAAGACUGAUUCUAAUCCUGAAUCAGCUGUGGGUCUCAUGACUAUGGCCGGGAAGUCCCCUUCUUUGUUGGUCACACCAACUAACGAUAUCGGUAAACUGUUAUCGGCAAUGGGAAAAGCUUCCAUCGGUGGUGAUUCAGAUUUCUCAACUGCCGUCCAAAUCGCUCAGCUAGCAUUGAAACAUCGAGAAAAUAAAAACCAGAGACAGAGAGUUAUCGUGUUUGUCGGUUCUCCAGUUUCAGACCCUCAAGAAGCUUUGGUUAAACUUGGGAAAAAGUUAAGGAAGAAUAACGUUUUAGUGGAUGUGGUGACUUUUGGUGAAGAGGGAAUGAAGAAUGAUGAAAAGUUAGGAGCUUUGAUAGAAGCUGCAGGAGGAGGAGAAUCACAUCUAGUAUCUAUUCCCCCUGGUCCACAUUUAUUAUCCGAUAUGAUCAUCUCUUCUCUUUUGGCUGAUCCUAAUAAUCCUGUUCCCAUUCCUGGUCAAGUCGGGGAAGAUGCAGUGGAUCCUAACAUGGAUCCUGAAUUGGCCAUGGCUAUUCGUAUGUCUUUACAAGAGGCCGCAGCACAACAAACAUCAUCGUCAUCUGUUGUUCCCUCAGCUCUACAGGAAUCCGUUACCACCACCUCUGCUUCUCUACCAGUCGGUCUCACAGCUCCUUUGAGCAACGCCAACGUUUCUUUACCUCAAGCGCCUGGUGAUGUCGUUUCUACCGGAACUCCUGGGGGGAUAGAACAGGAUGAGACGAUGGAGGAAGAAGACGAUGAAGCUGCUUUGCGUCGAGCUAUAGCGAUGAGCAAUGAGAAUGGAGGAGAGGAUGUGAAUAUGGAUGAAGAUGAAGAGGAUGAAGAAGCGGCGAUGGCUAGAGCUAUAGCAAUGAGCUUAGAGGAUUCUGAAAAGGAUAAGGAGAAGAAGUAGGUAUUGGAAUUUGCAUUGUACAUGUUGCAUCAAGGUGUGAUCUCAU